GCGGCGGGGACCGCGACGAGCCCGGGUCGCGGUUGGCGGCAGCAGCAGCAGCAGCAACAGUCCCGGCGGCGGCGCGGACCCCGAGUGCCCGGGCGAGCCCCGGCUCCCCGGAGCGCUGCUCGGCGGCGGCGGCACCCGUGCGGCCGCGCGCGCCGUAGGCUCGGCCCUGCGACUCGGGGACCCCGACUCUCGGCUCAGCCAGCGAGUCCCCAGGCGUCGCCGGAGAACCCGGGGAGGCAGCGACCGCCAGCAGCCGGGUGUGGGGGGGGCGGCCACCGCCCGGCGCCGGGCAUCCUCGGGAGCCCCGGAACGCGCAGGGCGCUGCGCCACCGAACUGUGCCGGCCCCCGCGGGCCUCCCGGGACCUGCCCCACCUCCCGGGCCCCAGGGACGCGUGAUCGGGCGGGCAGCCGGGCGAGCGGGUGGGAGGGAGCCGCCCCCGCCCGCGCCCCCUCCGCCCCCCGCCCGCGCCCCUCUCCACGCCGGGCCCGGGCGGCGCGGCCUGAGGCGCCCGCGAUGGCGAGCCCGCCGCUGCAGGGGCCCCCCGGGCCGGCGAGCGGCGACGGCCCCAACCUCAACAACAACAACAACAACAACAACCACAGCGUGCGCAAGUGCGGCUACCUGCGCAAACAGAAGCACGGCCACAAGCGCUUCUUCGUGCUGCGCGGGCCCGGCGCGGGCGGCGACGAGGCGACGGCGGGCGGGGGGUCGGCGCCGCAGCCGCCGCGGCUCGAGUACUACGAGAGCGAGAAGAAGUGGCGGAGCAAGGCGGGCGCCCCGAAGCGGGUGAUCGCGCUCGACUGCUGCCUCAACAUCAACAAGCGCGCGGACGCCAAGCACAAGUACCUCAUCGCCCUCUACACCAAGGACGAGUACUUCGCCGUGGCGGCCGAGAACGAACAGGAGCAGGAGGGCUGGUACCGCGCGCUCACCGACCUGGUCAGCGAGGGCCGCGCGGGCCCCGGCGACGCGCCCCCCGCCGUCCCCGCCAGCGCCGCGUCCUGCAGCGCCUCCCUGCCGGGCGCCCUGGGCGGCUCGGCCGGCGCCGAUGACAACUACGGGCUGGUGGCGCCCGCCACGGCCGCCUACCGUGAGGUGUGGCAGGUGAACCUGAAGCCCAAAGGCUUGGGCCAGACCAAGAACCUGACCGGCGUGUACCGCCUGUGCCUGUCGGCGCGCACCAUCGGCUUCGUGAAGCUCAACUGCGAGCAGCCGUCGGUGACCCUGCAGCUCAUGAACAUCCGCCGCUGCGGCCACUCGGACAGCUUCUUCUUCAUCGAGGUGGGCCGCUCGGCCGUCACGGGCCCCGGCGAGCUGUGGAUGCAGGCCGACGACUCGGUGGUGGCGCAGAACAUCCACGAGACCAUCCUGGAGGCCAUGAAGGCGCUCAAGGAGCUCUUCGAGUUCCGGCCGCGCAGUAAGAGCCAGUCGUCGGGGUCGUCGGCCACGCACCCCAUCAGUGUCCCCGGCGCGCGCCGCCACCACCACCUGGUCAACCUGCCUCCCAGCCAGACGGGCCUGGUGCGCCGCUCGCGCACGGACAGCCUGGCCGCCACUCCUCCGGCCACCAAGUGCAGCUCGUGCCGGGUGCGCACGGCCAGCGAGGGCGACGGUGGCGCGGCGGCCGGGGCAGGGGCGGCGGGCGGCAGGCCGGUGUCGGUAGCCGGGAGUCCCCUGAGCCCCGGGCCGGUGCGCGCGCCCCUGAGCCGCUCGCACACCCUGAGCGGCGGCUGCGGUGGCCGCGCGAGCAAAGUGCCGCUGGCGCCAGCAGGGGGCGCCCUGCAACACAGUCGUUCCAUGUCCAUGCCCGUGGCGCAGUCGCCCCCGGCCGCCACCAGCCCCGGCAGCCUGUCGUCCAGCAGCGGGCACGGCUCGGGCUCUUACCCACCCCCUCCAGGCCCGCACCCUCACCUGCCGCACCCCCUGCACCACCCCCCAGGCCAACGACCCUCCAGCGGCAGCGCCUCCGCCUCGGGCUCCCCCAGCGACCCUGGCUUCAUGUCCCUGGAUGAGUAUGGCUCCAGCCCUGGCGACCUGAGAGCCUUCUGCAGCCACAGGAGCAACACGCCCGAGUCCAUCGCGGAGACGCCCCCGGCCAGGGACGGCAGCGGAGGCGAGCUCUACGGGUACAUGACCAUGGACAGGCCCCUGAGCCACUGUGGCCGCCCCUACCGCAGGGUCUCAGGGGACGGCGCCCAGGACUUGGACCGAGGGCUGAGGAAGAGGACUUACUCUCUGACCACACCUGCCCGGCAGCGGCCAGUCCCCCAGCCCUCCUCCGCCUCCCUGGAUGAAUAUACCCUGAUGCGGGCCACCUUCUCUGGCAGCUCAGGCCGCCUCUGCCCCACCUGCCCCGCAUCGUCUCCCAAAGUGACCUACCACCCCUAUCCAGAGGACUACGGGGACAUCGAGAUUGGAUCCCACAGGAGCUCCAGCAGUAACCUGGGGACUGAUGACGGCUACAUGCCCAUGACCCCUGGUGUGGCCCUCAUGGGUGGUGGCAGCGGCAGCUGCAAGAGCGACGACUACAUGCCCAUGAGCCCCACCAGCGUGUCUGCCCCGAAGCAGAUCCUGCAGCCCAGAGCUGCCGCCGCAGCCUUGCCCCCGACAGGAGCGCCAGUGCCCGCGCCCAUCUCUGCAGCCGGCAGGACCUUUCCAGUGAACGGGGGCGGCUACAAGACCAGCUCUCCGGCGGAGAGCUCCCCCGAGGACAGUGGCUACAUGCGCAUGUGGUGUGGCUCCAAGCUGUCCAUGGAGAAUGCCGACAGCAAGCUGCUUCCCAACGGGGACUACCUCAACAUGUCCCCCAGUGACGCGGGCACCACCGGUACCCCACCUGACUUCUUCUCAGCAGCCUUGCACGGUGCGGGGGAUAUGCUCAAAGGCGUCCCUGGCUACUGCUACAGCUCUUUGCCCCGCUCUUACAAGGCCCCCUACUCCUGCAGUGGGGACAAUGACCAGUACGUGCUCAUGAGCUCCCCCGUGGGGCGGAUCCUGGAAGAGGAGAGGCUGGAGCCGCAGGCCCCCCCGGGGACCACCCAGUCGGCCAGCGCCUUUGGGGCCGCCGGGGGUAGCCACACCCAGCCUCAUCACCCAGUGGUGCCUUCACCGGUGAGGCCAAGUGGCAGUGGUGGUGGCGGCCGCCCAGAAGGCUUCCUGACCCAGCGCUGUCGGGCGGUGCGGCCCACGCGCCUGUCCCUCGAGGGGCUGCAGACCCUGCCCAGCAUGCACGAGUACCCUCUGCCCGCAGAGCCCAAGAGCCCUGGCGAGUACAUCAACAUCGACUUCAGCGAGGCAGGGGCCCGCCUGUCACCGCAUGCCCCUCCGCUGCUCGCAUCGGCCGCCUCGUCGUCCUCGCUGCUGUCGGCCGGUAGCCCAGCCUCAUCCCUGGGCUCGGGCACCCCAGGCACGAGCAGUGACAGCCGGCAGCGCUCCCCACUGUCCGACUAUAUGAACCUCGACUUCAGCUCCCCCAAGUCACCCAAGCCGGGCACCCAGAGUGGGGACCCCGUGGGCUCCUUGGAUGCCCUCCUCUCCCCUGAGGUCGCCUCCCCGUGCCCGCCACUGCCCCCGCGUCCUUCCGCCUCGCCCUCGUCCUCUUUGCAGCCGCAGCCCCCAGCCCCGCCGCCCCCAGGGGAGCUGUACCGCCUGACUCCAGCGUCAGCCUCUGCCACCUCCCAGGGCCCCAGCGUUGCCUCCUCGUCGUCCUCUGAGCCUGGGGACAAUGGUGACUACACCGAGAUGGCCUUUGGCGUGGCUGCCACCCCGCCACAACCCAUUGCGGCACCCCCAAAGCUGGAAGGCGCCCGAGUGAGCAGCCCGACGUCAGGCGUGAAGAGGCUGAGCCUCAUGGAUCAGGUGUCGGGGGUUGAGGCCUUCCUUCAGGCCGGCCAGCCCCCAGACCCACACAGGGGGGCCAAGGUCAUCCGUGCAGACCCACAGGGAGGCCGCCGCCGCCACAGCUCGGAGACCUUCUCUUCUACCACCACUGUCACCCCCGUGUCCCCAUCCUUCGCCCACAACCCUAAGCGACACAACUCGGCUUCUGUGGAAAACGUCUCUCUCAGGAAAAGCAGCGAGGGCAGCAGUGGGGGUGUCCUCUGUGGGGGACUUGGUGGAGGUGACGAGCCCCCCACAUCCCCCCGCCAAUUGCAGCCAUCGCUCCCGGUGCCCUCACUCCCAACGCAGGCUCGGCCAUGGCCCCCGGGUCAGCCUGGGGGCUUGGUGAGCUGUCCUGGAGGCAGUGGUUCUCUGAUGCGCAGAGAGACCUCUGCCGGCUUCCAGAAUGGUCUCAACUACAUUGCCAUCGACGUGAGGGAUGAGCCUGGGCCGUCGCCGCAGCCGCAGCAGCAUCCACAACCGGGAGAUAAGAGCUCCUGGGGCCGGACCCUUAGCCUCGGGGGUGUCAUCAGUGCUGUGGGGAGCAGCAGCUCCAACGGGGCGUGUGGCGGGGUGGGCCCUGGCACCCUGACCUCUGCCAACACCUACGCCAGCAUUGAUUUCUUGUCCCAUCACCUGAAGGAGGCCACCAUCGUGAAAGACAUGCACGACCUGUCUAGGAAAGCCCCCUUCCCUUCAUGUGCAAAGGAGGCUUCCUUGCCGCCAGCAGCCCCCAGCGCGCACAGCGCCGCUCCCUGCGCCGAGAACCCCCUGCUGCUGGACCCCCUGCCUUCCGCUGUGGUGGCCAAUGCAGUUGGAGGAGGGAAACCCCACUUGGCUGGGCAGCUCUGUGUUACCAACCCAUCAGGCUGAUGUGGGAGUCGGCUCCAGAGUGAAGACCUGUGUGGCUUUAUCACCAGGAUGUCUCUCAUCAGAAACUAUCAUAAAAAGGAGAUGCUCGGCAUUUUUUUCAGCCUGAAGCUGCUUGCAGUUUUUUUUGGGAUCUGAGCAGUGACAACAUCGUGAAACAUCUGUGACUGCAUCAGGACAAGGAUCCAGUGAGGCAGGAACACCUGCCUCCCCUUGUUCCAUGCGGGGCAGUCAUCAUUGUGCUAUUUGUGUUGUGUUGUGUUUUGUUUUUUUAACAAAAUCAGUUGAAGUCGUUCUCAAGAAAAUUGGGUGUUUUCAUUGGCCCUCUUAAAUGGUGGCCAGUGUCUUAAUUUCUCCUUAUUUCCAUUUUGGCAAAGCAAAUUUAUCCCUCAGCAUGCUAGGAGAUUCUACCAAUACCUAUUAAAGUGGUAAAAUCUGGUAUUUACUGGCAUAUGCUCAAAACUACCACAGUCCUACCUCAGUUCAAGGUAAAGCCGGAUUUGCGUGGUGGGGUACGGCAGGACGUCCCACGCGGCUCUGCCCUGAGUGUCGGAAGCUUGGUCAUCGGCCUCACUGAGCUGGUUCCAAGCAGGCACUGUGGGAUUCCCAUCCACGUACCUGCAAUGUUGACCGCACACAGAGCCCAUUGUGGGACUGACGUUUCUCACAGAUGUGAAAUCUGGGAUUGGACUUUGAAGACAGAUUAAUAAAUAAUAACUAUGAUAUGUAACCGAAGCAACCUACUUUUGAAAAUCAUCAACUGUAUUAAGUAGGGGAUGGGAGGGAAGGGAUUUGGGAAGGGAAUGAAUAUCUCUUUUUACCUUUAACAGACUUGUUUAAUCUCUUAUGUAGAUGUUUAUGUAGGAACUUCAAAUUGCAAGAGCCUUUUAUCGUAUCUACAAGCUCAAUGUCUCUGCUGCCCUUAAUCUUGGGCUUGCGUUUCUUUAACCAAAAAUUCACGUAGGCAUGCUAGCAGUUCAAGGGUGGUCCAGGUCUGCCUGAUUGCAUUUAAAAAGUAUCUUUAAUAUAAUGCUAUUGUGUUGGCCAAGGAGGCUGCCCUGAACAAAAAAAGACAAAACAGAAAAGAAAGAAACUAACAAAAGAGAGGCAUUCUGACCUCUGUGCUAUUAAUGGAAAAGAAGGAGAAACCAAUCUCUCGGUACAUGUCACUUGUCGAAACAAUUCCUGACAAGACUGCCCUUGUUUUAUGUUUUCAGUGUUCUGAAAAUAUCAGUGUUGUGGCGAUUAUCACAGAUGUCACCCUAAAACUGCUGAACUUGACCAGCAGAAUGUUGUCAUCCUGCUGCUCCCUGGCACGUGCUUGGAGGGCUGACCCUUCCUCCCGCGGUGCACCCAGUGCCUGUCUUCUCUGAUAGUCAUGUAGAGGUUACACUAAUUCAUCGGGGAUGUGAGUUGUUGGUUUUUUGUUUUGUUUUGUUCUUUGCAGAAAAAAAAUAUAUAAAUAUAUAGAUAUAUAUCACUAUAGAAUAAUGCAUUAAUAAAAUGAGGCUUUUUUAGAGGAAGACCAAAAACUUCAAUGUGUUAAAAAUAUAUUUAAUGGCAAUGCAGAAGUCUUCCUGCGUCCAUGCUGAACUUUUAGAACAGAAGAUUGUAUUGCAAGACGAAGUUGAAUGUAAAGUGAUCCCCUGAACAUUUUUAAGGUUUUACUUUUCUGAAAUUACACAUCACAGCAGUGCAUAGGCCAUCCAAUGUUAGUUUGAAGGUCAAUUUCAGUGUAUGAUAUACUUUAUUAAGAUGUAUACAGUGUCCUAAAGAUUUUAUUUAGUUUUGGGAAUAGGCGUGGGUGGGUGGUAUUUGCUCUAUAACUCCCCCAGAUACGUACAAUAGGACUGAACAUGGACCCUGCCGAACACAGUGUAUUGACAUAUAUUUACUAGCCUUCUAUGCUUAGAGUAGCCAUGACACUACCCAAGUGGUUCAUGUUCACACUGCAAUUUAGAGCAAGCAAAAAAUGGAUAAAGUACUAAAUUUUCCUCUAUCCUGUACAUUUCAAAAGAAAAAAAGGCAUAUGCAAUAUUUACAUUUUUAAUUUAGUUUACAGAAUGGAACCAAAAUGUAUAAAUGUUAUGUUUGCUAAAACUUCACGAUGUAUAUUGGGUCUUUGUACAUUUUGCCUGACUUACCUUAAAUUUAAAAUAUUUUUUGCUAUAUAAACUUUAACAGUUAUUAAACAGUGUUUUCUUUUUGGGUACGUAUUGUUUCUGGAUAUCAAGAUGUUAAAUAUAUUUCUUGCUAUUGUGAUAUGACAAGAGACUUAACUUAUCUUGCUGUGUCUUCCACUUACACGCUGUAUAUAGGGGUCGACGUGACGCUGCGGGAGACAAGAGUAAACUGGACUAGAAUAGUGCAUUGUAUUUAGUCUGUAUUGAUCAUGGAUGCCCUCCUUAAUAGCCAUAUGCAAUAAAAUAAAAUACAUUAUUUAUGAAAUGAA